AUGGGUGGCGCUGUUUCUCAUAUUAUUCCCCCUGACGUCUUCAGGCCUGGAAAUCCAGAAAGGCGAGCACGACUCCAAGAUUUGAUCCAACAGAUUCAGACAAGGUCUGCAGAACGAGAUGCACUUUACAAUCAAGUCUACCUUGUAAUGGAAAAUCAUGAAAAAGAAAUCCUGGACGCAUAUAACGACAUUCUCAAUGCACUUCAGAAGCCCGAAGGCCAUCUCGUUUUGCGUGUUAUUGCGAUUAUGAGUUCUAUUCGCAAGCUAGAACCACAAAGCAACUUGGGAAUCCAAAUUACUGCAGAAGUAUUACAAGGUUUACAAGCCGUGCUAGCCAUUGCCGUGUUGGCCGGAGUAACUAAUCCAUAUCUUGCUCCGGCGUUUGUUGCAUUAGCUGCAGCCACGGUAGUAGUAGAUGUAGUUGGUAGUAUUUUGGACGCAGAAGCCGAAUACCAUGCCCUUAUGGAGCGUAUCGAUCAGGCAAACAAUACCUUGGCUGCCCUAAAUAAAAAUUAUGACGAAAUUAAUACUGGAGUCGAUAAGUUGGUAGCUUUUGUAAACGAUAUCGUUCAAAAACUAGUUUACGUCUCUUAUUUCGAAACCGGUGUAAACUUGCGUGACGCUAAAUACACCCGAGAAAAUUUUAAACAAGACUUUGAAAAGAUCCAGCCUCAAUUGAUAAUCUUGCGUAACGAAUUCGUUACUCUGAAAGAGAAAAUCGAUAGCAUUGUGACAAUGUUUAAUGACAGGGUACCAUAUCCUACAAUCGCAAAGUAUGCAAACCAUAGCGAAGGUUUUGUAAUUACCGCUCAUAUUUAUUAUUUGUUCAGUGAGCAAAAAAAGACUGUAAAGGAAGUCAUGGAAAUUACUGGUCGAAGCAAAACCGAAGUUGAAGCUGCACAAAUUGCAAGUGUUCUUUUGGAUCAUCCGGAUUGGUCAAUUGAUCGCGUAAAGGAAAGUAUUGCUGGAAAACCGACCACCGUACAAGCCUCUCACAUGGUAGCUACCAGUAAUUUAUCGAAUUUAUCCGCAGCGCCAGAAGACGACGUUAAUAAGGAGAGACUUGGUAUGAUGGUGGAUGUGACCAAAACACAUUUAAACGAUCUAUUUUUCUCUAUUUUGCAAAUUUGA